AUGCUCGGCAGGCACGAACGCGUUUGCACAUGUAUCACGCCCUCAACCCCCUUUUCCCCUAUCCUCCUAUCCUCCUCACCCUCUUUCUCUUACCCCUCCCCCCACCGAUCCCCCUCCUCCUCCCACCCUUCACCCCCAGACUCGGAUCCGUGCAGUCUGCUGGUGAAUCCCUGUGGGGGAGGAGAGUGCAUUCCCCGCAGCAGUGGCAAGUACAAGUGCAACUGCCCACCUCAGUUCAUCAAAGUCAAGAACUCCGAUGGCACCGAGUCCUGCACGCCAGUGGUGGUGUGCACGAGAGCGGACAUCAACCCAUGUGGAGUGGGAACGUGUCUCAACGACGGCAAGGGCAGUCACACGUGCCUCUGCCCACGCGGUUUCACGCUCGGCACAAUCGCUGUCGGCUCCGAUACCUGCGUGCCCUCGGACAAGAGCAUAAAGAGCAUCAAGAUGCCACUCACAGUGCCGGCCAAGGUGGUGUAUGGGCUCUACGGCAUUCCCAAGGACCAGUUCUUCAAGCAGAACCCCGACCUGGACUCGUGUGAGAGCAAUAUAAAGAAGGGGAAGAAGGUGAACGUGAAGGCCACCUCGGAUACCAUCAACUGCGCGCUCUUCUACCCCUGGAACUGGGGCAAUCGCUGUGGGCCGGUGGCAGCGCUGUUUGGCAUCACCAUCGCUCGCCUCAAGGCUCUCAACCCGGGGCUCACCUGCCCCAAGGGCGCCUACCCGGGCCAGCAGAUAUGUGUGCAGGAGGGCAGCGGGCUGGCCAUCCCCCUGUGCGCGCAGUACCACGUGAUCGCAUCACCUGACACGUGUGUCAGCAUCAGGCAGCAGUACGGCCUCUCCUGGUCCACCUACUUCGCUCUCAACCCCGGUGUCUUCUGUGCCAACCUCUACCCCGCUGCCACUAUCGACGGCGUAAACGCCAUUCCCAGUGGCGCACAGGUGGGUUGUGAGGGGGUUGGCUGCAUUUAA